UAUAUUGUGAUUUUUAUGUUGUAAUAAUUAAUUUAAAAAUAAAUACAUAAAUAAAAUUAAUUAAAGUAUAUAUAAUGUUAUUGUUAAUGUAAUAUUUGAGAUAUGGAUUUGUUAAAAAAUUUCAGACCAAAAGUUAUUUUGUAAAGUUAAAAUCAUAAUUAAGUGACUAUAUUUUGGCUGUCUUAAUUCAAUUAAAACCAUGGAUAAAAAUUUAGAAAAUGUUCCAUUUAAUAUGACUGAUUAUUAUAUUGGUCUUGGACUUGCUUUAUCAUCUAGUGGAUUUAUAGGUGCAAGUUUUAUCAUUAAAAAAAAAGCUCUGAUUCAGUUAUCUUUAGGAACUGGCCGAAGAGCAGCAAAUGGUGGAUAUGGUUAUCUUAGAAAUUGGUUGUGGUGGUUAGGAUUAUCUACAAUGGCUGUGGGAGAAAUAUUUAAUUUCGCAGCAUAUGCAUUUGCUCCAGCCUCAGUAGUUGCUCCCCUUGGAGCUCUCAGUGUUAUUAUUUCAGCCAUUUUAUCAACCAAGUAUCUUAAAGAACAGCUUAAUUUACUAGCAAAGAUCGGAUGCUUUAUGUGUGUAAUAGGUUCUACAGUUAUGGUAAUUCAUUCUCCAAAGGAAGGAGAAAUUGAUAGUAUGGAUAUUUUAUUACAGAAAUUGACUGAACCCGGUUUUAUUAUUUAUACUGCUGUUAUGAUGAUCAUAAUUAUAUCUAUAUUUAUGUAUUUUGGUCCACGAUAUGGAUCAACAAAUGUUAUUGUUUAUGUUAUCAUGUGUUCAGCUGCAGGAUCAUUAACAGUUAUGUGGUGUAAAGGACUUGGACUAGCCAUACGUGAAACAAUAUCAGGGCAAAGUGAAUUUACUAAUUGGCUUACAUACAUGUUUAUUUUAUUAUUAGUUGUAUUUGUAAGUAUACAAAUGAAUUACUUAAAUAAAGCAUUGGAUACAUUUAACACUGGGGUAGUUACUCCAGUGUAUUAUGUCAUGUUUACAUCUCUUGUGAUAGCUGCCUCAGCAAUACUCUUCAAAGAAUGGGAUAAUUUGUAUUUAAAUGAUAUCAUAGGAAUAAUCUGUGGCUUUCUUAUCACGGUGACAGCUAUUUUUAUGCUGAAUUCAUUUCGCGACGUUGACAUGUCUCAUAGUCAAUUAGGUUGGAGAGUCCGGCAACCAAUAAUCAGAAAAAUUACUAUUGAAGAAAUUGCCCAAACUUCAUCACUUAUGAAAAAUAAUCCACAAUAUGGAACAAGGAUAAGUACUCAUUGAGUUACAAGCAUGUACAUAGAGUGAUUGUUUAGUGAGGGUGGGUUCAGUUCAUACUGGUGUGUGGAUACUGUGCCUGCGUUCCAAAAAACAUACUUAGAAUCUGGUGAGACACCUGUAUUGUAUAUACAGGUGUCUCAUGUCUGACUAAUGGAGCUUAUAACUUUUGAUCUAAUCUUGUUGUUACAUUAUUUUUUUUAAUAAUUAUUGACUUCUCAUGUUAAAUUUAUUUGCAUAUUUUUUAUUAUUUAUCUCUAAUAAAAUAAAUUUUAAAAUAAGCCUUAACAAUUAGUUCUGAUACACUUGGUAUAUAUUUAUAUAA